ACGUGGGGGAAACGGGGCGGCGUACCGGUCCCGUGUGCCACCGUGAUGCCGGCAGUCACGGUGCGGGUACCGAAGCCGUAGCAACUGCCCUCGCUUCCUUCCUGCUGCCGUUCCCGGCGCUCCCCGCUUCGUCGCAGCCGUCCGUCCCGGAACGCACGAACCAAUGCUCACCGGCUGACGCGCCCGUUCCUGCGCUUCGCCCCGGCGCGUGGAGAAGCCUGGCGUCAGCCAGUCAAGCCAGCCAGUCAGCAGCUGCCGUUGCUGUGGGCGCGGGAUGGCGGGCGUGGAGCUGUUCUCGCACCCCGCGCUUCACACGCGCUACCGAGCUGGGCUGUGCUCCGCUGCCGCGCUGGCGCUGCUGCUCAUCGCCGUGCUCACCUACGUGCCGCCGCUGCUGGUGGCCUACAGAAGCCACGGUUUCUGGCUGAAGCAAAGCACGUACCGAGAGCAGCCCACGGUCCGGUUCCGGUACGAGCUGCUUUUCGUGGCUACCACCGGGCCUGGCCCGGGUAGCUUCCUGGCGUGGAGCACGUUCCCUGCAUUCAACCGGCUCCAGGAGGACCGACUGCGCGUCCCGGUCCUGUCGAGUAGAGAAGAAGACAAAAAUCAAGAUGGCAAAGUGGAUCAGCUGCAUUUUAAAUUGGAGCUUCCACUACAACCUACAGAGCAUGUAGUUGGUGUUCAGCUGAUUCUGAUCUUUUCCUACCACCUUUAUAGAAUGUCAACGUUUGUGAUGCAGAGCAUGGCUUUUCUUCAGUUUUUUUCUCCUGUACCUGGGUCUCAGCUCUAUGUGAAUGGAGACCUGAAACUGAACCAGAGGCAAUUACUUAACCAUUGUGGGCUAGAUACCAGAUACAAUGUGUCUGUGGUCAAUGGCACAAGUCCUUUUGCAAGUGACUAUGAUCUAAAAAACAUCAUUGCAGCGUAUCGAGAUAGAAAUGUGACAACAGUAUUUUCAGAUCCUAACCCCAUUUGGAUGACUGGAAGAGCAGCAGAUACACCAUUUAUCGUUAAUGCCACUAUUCAUUACCCAGUGGAAGUUAUCUUAUAUCCUUACAAAACUGCAUUAAUGGUGAAAUACCUGAAUAAUAUUAUUCGAGCCUUCACAUACAGGCCAAAUGAGCAUUCAUUUCUUUUAGACUUGUCCCUAAAUGUUUCCUUUUUCAGCAAAGCAUAUGCUGUAUACUUGCUUGCCCAUCCCUGCAUGCACAUACCCUCAAGAUGGUUUUACUUGCAUAACUGCUUUCUGUCUUUCUCUAUAGGGGAACCUCUCUUGCUUUUCCACCUUGCUAAAAUGACAUUUUAAGGCAGUUUCUUAGCAGUUCACUGUGAAUGUCCUUACUAAGUUAUGGUUUGGUUCUGCAGUCCCAGUCUGUUGUAGCUGCUACUGGCAAAUCAUGUUACUGUAUUUUGUGACCUAAAGCAAAUCAGAGACCUGUAUGCAGUGUAGGCUCAGCAAAUGACAACCCUGCAGUGGAUGGGGCAAAUCUGUUGCAUGUGCAAACAAACCAAAAAACCAUUUUGGUCCAAAGUAAUUAAUUAUUCCUUAUGUUCUUUGCUUAGUUUCUCAGACAAGAACAGGCCUGUACUUAGAAGAAAACUUACAGAGCGCAUUUCUCACAAGUUUUCUUUACCUGAAUAAGAAUUACUAAUACCUAGUUCCUGAUGAGGUAGAGGCAACAUAGGCACUUUCCACAGAGUUGCUUUGGACGUCUUGUAGGAUAGGCAUUCUUCUAGCUUUUCUGUGGUCAAAAGCUUUUUGAGGUUUCCAUGACUCCAAGGCUUUGUAGCUGUUGCACAAACUGAUGUGUCUUUCCACCUCUGAGUUCUUUUGUUUAGUUAUUGUAGUGAUUGUAUCAGAAGCUUCUUCUUUAAUACUCCUUGACUUCAUUUAAAUAUCAGCCAGGAUUUUGGGAAAUGAUUAAAUUUGCCUGGAUCCAGUAUGUCAGCAUUCUCCUUAUCUUUCUUUGGGUAUUUGCUAGGAUUAAAAUGUUUGUGUUCCAGAAUCAGGUGUUAGCUACAACUCCAGUUUCACCAGU